UCAUACUAGAAGGAUAAGGUGAGGGUGAGUAGUGCAUAGGUUGAACCUUGAAACUGGUAACGUGUAAGGCAGUGAUCAGAUUACACACUACAAUGCUUUCUUCUUCGCUCUCCUUCCUUCAUUCUAUUGCGUUACCCUCUUCCUCUUCCUUGUUCACAAUUUCAAAGCCAAAUCCCAAGCCCUCGUUCUCGUUAUCUUUUGUGGUUGAAGCCCAAACCAGGACCUCAACGGAAGACAGGGUUGCCCGCCACAAGCGUAUCAGGAAGAAGGUUGAAGGGACACCCGAAAGACCAAGAUUGUCUGUCUUCCGAUCCAACAAGCAUCUCUCCGUCCAGGUGAUAGAUGACUCCAACAUGCACACACUUGCUUCAGUUUCAACAAUGCAGAAGACAGUUGCUGAAGAGUUCAACUACACCUCUGGCCCUACAAUUGAAGUAGCAAAGAGGAUGGGUGAGAUCAUUGCAAAGUCCUGUCUGGAGAAAGGUAUCAGAAAGGUGGCCUUUGACAGAGGUGGAUACCCAUAUCAUGGCCGUGUUCAAGUACUUGCUGAUGCAGCUCGUGAACAUGGCCUGGAGUUCUAAAAUGAAUAGUCUCUUUCCUCUUUGCAUUUCAUGUUUAAAUUUGUAACCUAAGGAUUUAACAAUUCUUUUAAUGACAUUUCCUCUUUUACAGUGACUUUGUUAUGAUCCAAUGACGUUGUGGUUAUAUUGUAUGCAAAUCUUAU